ACAUGGCCGCCGCCUCGGGGUGAGCGCGACCGCCGCGAGCCGGCCGUUGCUGGGCAUGCUCCCUGGGUGCCCCGCACCAACAUGGCGGUCGUCUUCGCUGGGGUGACUUUAAUUCUCGGUUUUCGCUUCUAGCCAGCCAGUGCUCGUUUCUCUUCAGAAAGCUCGGAGCGCGUAGGGGAGCCCGGGAAGGGCAGGGAAGGUGCGGGGGUGAAAGGCGAGAGGGGACUGCAGGCAUCCGGGCCGGCUCCUGGCGGGCGGAAGAUGGCUGAGGGCGAGCGGCAGUCGCCGCCAGAUGCUUUGGAGGAUACCCCUCCAGCCACUCAGAACUUCAUCAUUCCAAAAAAAGAGAUCCACACUGUUCCAGACAUGGGCAAAUGGAAGCGUUCUCAGGCCAUUGAGAAACUGGUCACUCUUCUCAAUACGCUGGACAGGUGGAUUGAUGAGACGCCUCCGGUGGACCAGCCCUCUCGAUUUGGGAACAAGGCCUACAGGACCUGGUACGCCAAGCUUGACCAGGAAGCAGAAAACUUGGUGGCCACAGUGGUCCCCACCCAUCUGGCAGCUGCCGUGCCUGAGGUGUCUGUUUACCUGAAGGAGUCAGUAGGGAACUCCACGCGCAUCGACUACGGCACAGGACAUGAAGCAGCCUUUGCUGCUUUCCUCUGCUGUCUCUGCAAGAUAGGGGUGCUGCGGGUGGACGACCAAAUAGCCAUUGUCUUCAAGGUGUUCAAUCGGUACCUUGAGGUUAUGCGGAAGCUCCAGAAGACGUACAGGAUGGAGCCAGCUGGCAGCCAGGGCGUGUGGGGCCUGGACGACUUCCAGUUUCUGCCCUUCAUCUGGGGCAGUUCGCAGCUGAUAGACCACCCGUAUCUGGAGCCCAGGCACUUCGUGGACGAGAAGGCAGUGAAUGAGAACCACGAGGACUACAUGUUCCUGGAGUGUAUCCUGUUUAUCACGGAGAUGAAGACGGGCCCCUUUGCAGAGCACUCCAACCAGCUGUGGAACAUCAGUGCCGUCCCGUCCUGGUCCAAAGUGAACCAGGGUCUCAUCCGCAUGUACAAGGCCGAGUGCCUGGAGAAGUUCCCCGUGAUCCAGCACUUCAAGUUCGGGAGCCUGCUGCCCAUCCAUCCCGUCGCAUCGUGCUAGGGGGCGCCCACCGCCGGCCGUCCAGGCUGCAGUUCCUAUGCCCGCCCCCCCUCCCCGGCUGCAGCCCCUCCCCACCCCCUCCCUCUGUUCUUUGUUCGACGAGAGGCUGUUUACUGGGGUGGGUGGUGAGCGUGGGGUUGAGGGAGGCUCAGGGCAUAAGGCCGAAGGACCCAAGUUGGGAGAAGUGACCAAAGUGUGGCCAGUUUCCUGACUUCCCCUGUGGUGGACGGGCAAGGGAGUCGGGGGACAGGGGCCCUGGGCCCACCCUGCCAUCUCCUUCCUGUCCCGUCCCGUCUGCGACCCCGGCUGUUCCGGGCCGCUGUGGGGAGGGGGUGCAUUGUGCCCUUGCCAUGGCUCUCCCUUCCCAGGUUGCCUUUCUUGGGGUUGGAGCAGUCGCUCCCCACAGGGUGGGUCAGUCUCCCAAGCCAUGUUCGGGUGGGUGUCCAGGUGUUCUAAGGGCUGGAGGCCAGCCCGGGGUGGGGUUGCCAAGGGAGAAGCAGUGGCUCUUCUGCUGGGGACCCUCCCAAUUCCUUCUCACGGCUGCCCCUGGGCCUGUGGGCACCUGUGUCCAGUGCCUCGUCCUUGCUUUUCUGCUCUUGGGCCCUUGGCUCAGGGGUAGCCUCUGGAAGCUGCCCUUUGGGUGGGCUCCGGGCUUCUGGAAGGGCCCUGGCGGGCUUGCCCACCAGUGUACUGCGUGAGGCCUGCUUUUUCGGAGCUCUCCCCUGCUGGGAGAGGGGGUGGCAGGAACUCUGGAAGGGUGGGUGCGGGGGACCCGGAGAACCUGGGCCCCUCUCGGCCGUCUUGUCUGCUGCUCCUGCUCUGCACUGCUGCUGCUUCCCCAGGCCCUGGCCCCAUUUCCCUGCCCCUCGGCUGGGUGGUGGCUGCAUGGGCAGCAGGAGGGCUCUGAAAACAGCAGUCUGCUCCCUCGUCCUGCUACCUCCCCAAACUCGCCUGCUGGCAUUCCAGGAGGGGGCCGUGGUGGCCCCCCGAGCCUAGGCAUGGGCUCUGAGGAUGGGCAGGGGCUGGGCGGGGCAGGCUCAUCUGGGGCAGAGGGGCUGCUCCCAGGCCUGGCUCCUAUUAUAGACUCCCCUCUGCCCGUCCCCCCAUCUCCGCUGUCCCCUCCUGGCAGCUGGAUGCACACACCUUGGGGAAGGAGGAGCACCCGAGAAGCACAGUUCAGGGGCUUGGCCUCUGGUCUGGGCCGAUGGCCUGGGCAGAGGCUGGGGCAGGAGCCGCAGGGUCACAGAAAUAGUUUUCCUAGGAGAGGCUCAGUCCUGCCUCCCCGCCAGGGUCCAGACCACCGCCUCACUGGCUCCUCCUCCCCUCUUUCCCCUUGGGUCCCCCUCAGCCCCUGGCGUCUUCUUUGCUGUUCAGAUUAAAGCCUCUGUUUUGCACCUGUCA